GAUAUCCUCACUCUGGACCAGUUCCAGUUGUCUCCCGACCCUCCUGUGCGUGGCAGUCCUUUGGAAAUCCAAUUGAUUGGCACACUGUCCGAGGCUGUUGUCAAGGGUGCUGUUGCCCAAGUAACUGUUAAACUGGGCUUUAUUCAGAUUCUCGAUAGGCCCUAUGACUUGUGUGACCAGGUUUCUGCUGUUGACUUGCAGUGUCCCAUCAGUGAAGGUCCUAUCUCCGUCGUAAAAUCAUUCGAUAUCCCAAAAGAAUUACCGUUUGGUCGGUAUAGAAUUCAUGUUGAUGUCAAGACUGUCGACGAUCGUCAUAUUGGUUGUCUUUCUGCU